CUGAAGCCUAUUUUGUUCCCUUUCCCCUUUUUUCUUUCCCCUGUUUUUCCCUCCUCUCUCAAACCCUUCCUCUGCUUCUAUAAUUCCCAUCUCUCCAUGGCGCCACCGCCUGCCAGAUGAAGAUGAGCUUCCACCGCCUCCUCACUCCGCCGCAUUCUCCAAUCUCCUCCCGCCGCCGCCGCCGCAGGAAGUAUGCUCACCCGCCGUCCACUCCUCCACUUCACUGGAAGUUGUUCUUCGAUUCUCCUCUCCGUAACAACAAUGGAGGGGCCAAGGUGGCUUCGGCGAGGAAGCUCGCCGCGGGCUUGUGGCAGCUGCAGUUGGCCGCCGCCGGCGGCCGAGGAAGCGGCAAGGUUGCUCGCCUGAAGUCUGAACGUGGAACAUGCGGUGAUGUUGUAGGAAUCCAGCCAAGCAUGUGCCCUGCACCUUGUGGAAGCGGCACGACCGCAGGAUACGACGAAGAUAACAAGGAUGAUGGACUCCUUCGACCUCACGUUUCUUCAGAUUUAAGGCAUGGUGUCCUACGUGACAAGAGUUGGAGGAAGGCGAUGGCGAAACGAGACAUUACUACUAUGCAUGAUGAGGUACAUUGCUUUUACGCCAGGGUGAAAAUUAUUGACCAGCAACACGAUGAGUCGCUUCAAAUUUCACAUGCUUCGGCAUUGCAAUCCGAGCUUUCUCGGGCUCGAUUCCGGAUCCAUGAGCUUGAGUCCGAACGUCGGGGAUAUAGGAAGAGAGUUGGUCAUUUGUUUCGAGAGCUCGAAGAGGAGAGGAGGAUGUGGCGAGCCAAGGAGGAGAACAAACUUCGUGCAGUUUUUGAAGGUCUAAAAGACGAGUUGGGGAGGGAGAGGAAGAGUAGGAAGAAGAUGGAAGUCAUGAAUGCGAGAUUGGUCGACGAGUUGAGCGACGUGAGAUCGCGGGCAGAGCGAUUUAGAAAGGUUUAUUGGAAGGAGAAGAAGUCCAGAGAGGUCGUCGAUGUGGUUUGCACCGAGCUAGCUACGAGAGUCGGGGAACAGAAAGAAGAAUUUGAGGAAUUACGGAGGGAUUCAAUUAGAUUCGAGGCCGAGAUUGAGGAAGAGAGGAGGAUGAUGCAAAUGGUUGAAGUGUGGCGUGAAGAAAGGGUUCAAAUGAAGCUAAACGAUGCAAAAUUCGCUCUUGAAAGUAAAUACGAUGAAAUGCUGACCUUGAUUUCCCAACUCGAUGCUUUGCUAAUGUCAGGGAGUGCUACCUCCAUAGAUGCAAUUGAGCCAAGCCGAUCAGAAGAGGUCAAGGAAGUAGCCAAGAGGUUGCAGAGUAAUGUGAGUGACGAUGAUGAAUUCGUUCACGAACCUCAUGCAUCGCAUGACUUGUACACAGUACUCGAGGAAAUUGGAGAAGUUGGAGGCAGUGUUGGGGUUAUUCAAGCUUGCAAUGAUCGGACUGUUAGCCUCACCAAUGGAUUUGGUUCGAGUCACGACACGAGCAGCAAGGGCUCGAAUUGCUCCCUCGAGGAGAGCGAGCAUCAUGCUAACAUGCUGGUGUGUGAUGAUCAGGUCGAACGAACGGUUCAGGAGGUGCCUUUAGUGCGACCAGAUGCUCCUGCUGGCGAUGGAUUUCGAGACCAAGGCUGUGUAGGUGAAUGGAACUUAAAUGAACUCAUGAACCCUCACAUUACAAGAGGGAUCAAAGGCAGGGUUGAGUGGCCACGAGGAUCCAGGAAAUUUAUCACAUCAAAGGCUAAGGGAUCCCAAGCUAGAAUGGAAAGGCAGAAAGCUAAAUUGCGUAGUGUUGUCAAGCACAGGAGUAUCCACCAGUAGAGCCGAAGUUUGUCAUGAACAAUUUUUGGGCCCGGCCCAACCAAAUGGCAGAUUUUGGGCUGUCUCAAACAUUUGUUUUUAGUUCUGUAAAGUGAUUCACUAAAUCACUUGCCUAAUUGGCCAAUUCCAAUUUCCGAACCAUCCAAUAUUGCGGUAGAUGAUAAUAUCAUAAAAUUGGAACGAUAGAGAGA